CCGGGGAGCGGAGCCAUGGCGGAUCACAGCGACGGCCCGGCUAUCGAGAUCCUUCGGGAAGAUCCCGCCGCGUCAGAAGACGAGGAGGAGGAGGAGGGGGAGGGGUUCACGUUCGCGGCGGCGACGCAUGUGGGCGACGGGUGCGCGAUCGGGCCCGUGUACCUGGUCUUCGGCCGCCCGCGUUCGCCGGCGGAGCAGGAGGUGGAGGAGGAGGAUGCCGGCACGGCCACCGUGCGGGUGCCGCUGAGGCAGCUUCUCCUGGAGGAGCGGGGGUCCUCCUCCUCGUCGUCAGGGAAACGAGCGGACGAAGAAGAAGAAGAAGGAGACGACGAGCUGGACGGGGUGCCGGCGGAGACCUACUGCCUGUGGUCGCCCGGGACCUCGCCGUCCCCGUCCCCGUCGCCGUCGCGGUGCCAGAAGAGCGGGUCGACCGGGUCGGUCCUGCGGUGGCGCCAGCGGCUGCAGGUGGGGCGGAGCCACAGCGACGGCAAGGAGAAGUUCGUGUUCCUGCAGCCACAACAGGACGCCGCCGGCUCCCCGGGCCGCAGGGGAGGGACGGGGGCCGGCGAGCCGCGCGGCCGCGGAGGAGUCCACGGCUGGAGCCACCGCGGCAGAGGCGGGAGCGGCAGGGGAAGCCCCGGGCGCAGGGCGUCGACAUUCCUCCCGUACAAGCAGGACCUCCUCGGGCUCUUCGCCAACGCCGGCGCAUUCCGCCGGAGCUACCACCCCUUCUAACCAACCAACCAACCAACGUCAGCCGUCAUCGUCGACCCAUCUUCACGCCGAUCGGGUGGUUGCCCUGCAUUUUCGUUCUUUCUUUCUUUCUUUCAGAUUGUGAUCCCUGAUCAGUACGCGGCGUGUAGAAUUUCUUGGCUUCUUUUCGUACAUAUACAGUGACAGUAGCAGCUGGCAGAUCAGAUUAAAUCCAACAUUGUGAGUAGUUUGUGCAGCAAUUUCUUCAGUUGCAAAUUGAGUUGCGGUGACAAGAAAUUCUUUGCAGUUAAGCAAACAUUCCCAAGAAAUUGUUGACGACC